AUCAUUGUUUACAUUUGAGAAAUUUGUGAUACUCCAGCCUAUGAACAUUGGAAAGAUAAUAUGACAAGUUCGGAUAUAGAGAUAGUGGGCGAGAACAAAGGCCCAGAUGAGGUGAUUAUACUAGAUUCAAAUGACGAUUCUGAUGAUUUUUUUGAUGAAGCUGAUGAAAGACAAGAUGUGAUUGAGAUAGACCACGCAUUGGCGAAAUCAAGCAAUGUAUCAAGUCCCCAGGCUGAUGAGCUUGAAGCUGAUGAUACUUUCCAAACUGCCCAAACGAGAUCUGAAAUCGAUGCCACUCCUGACAAGCAAAAUACUCGUGCUCACGAUAAAGAUGAUUUUGAUGAUUUGCUUGAUAGAAAAGAUAUGCCUAGUGACGAUGACUUGAGUCGGUUGGCAAGUAGGCCAUUGACUAGAAGUAAUUCAAGGCUGUCAGCGUCCCCAGUUAAAUCACCAUUGAAGCAAAGCGUCACGAGGUCACAGGUUGAGGCUAAUUCAAAGACAAACCCACAACAUGAUGAGCCAAAUUCAACGUCUCCAAAAAAGAUCAGUGUUUCAACUGACGAUGAUGAUAAGACUGAAGAUGAAAUAAGUCAGUCUCAAACAAAUGCUACUUCCAAGACUGAUCAUAAAGACAACAAACCCAUUGAACAAGUUGAUGUUACACUCCCAAGAGAAUUGCCAGAAUCAGUUACAAAAAAUAGUCCAGGAAAGAUUCUACGUCCAAGAAGUACCACAAACAAGAGCACACACCUUCAUAUUGAUCCUGAUGUUCCCUUUCCUGAAGAUAAUUCUGAUACUGAUCCAAGUUUUGAGCCCGAAGAUAAUAUGAGAAAUGAAGAUACCAAGUACGAGGCUUCUAUUAGCGCUUCUACCUCAGUUAAGCCGGAUAGUGAAAAGCCAAAAUCUAACAAUGUUUUAAAAGAAUCAAGUUCAGAAAGAACCCCAUCAGUCAGUAUACAAGAUGAUUUCUUUUCAAUGAGUUAUACACCUCUGGUUCCUGAAGUUAAAAAGAAAAAGAAGAAGAAGUUAAGAAGAAAGACAUCUGAAGAAGCUGAAGAGCCAGUCACACAAAACAAUGACAAUAGGUCAAUAUCUGCUGCUGCCACUACCCCUGCUGCUGCGCAACAUGAAGUCACUACACCAGUAACACCAACUGCUCCUAGAACCGAAUCUCCAAGGAAGAAAGCGAGAGUGACUCGUGCCGUUACACCACCACCUAUUGAUGAUGCAGCUUUCAAAAGGAAGUUUGCAGAAGAACACGGGGAAAAGUUUGAUCCUGUUUUAGGAGCGGAUGAUGGUGAUCGUGGUAUAUUUGAUGAAGAUUAUGAAUACAAAGAACGGAUAAGAAAUUUGGAUGAAAUCACAAAAUCAUUCAAUCAAGAAAAAGAUGGUUCAAAAUCAAAUGAUGGUGGUUCGAGGGAAAAUUCAUUGGAUCCUUCAAGAAGUUAUGUGCUACAUAUUACCUCCUUCUUACCAGGUAGUGAAAAUAAAGCAGUAGAUACUACUGUUAAAGGUUCAAAGAAAUUCCAUCCUGUUAUAUCCACUGUGUUGAAAGAACUACUGAAUGCCAAAGAAAAUCCUGUCCCAUCUUGGUAUAGGCGUAUUUAUGAACCUGAUCUCACUGUGCUUUAUUGGAAUAAGAUCAAAAUUUUAGACUUUAUGAGACCUGAUACUUUACAAAUUCCAGCUCCCACAUCUGGUAAACCAACCGAGAUAACACUUGGACUCUAUAGUAUACAUCAAUCGGAAGAAAUUGAAAGAUUGAAAGAGAUUGAAAGAGUGGAAAAGAGAAGAAGAAUGGAACAAGAAGAAAAACAAGCUGCUGAGGACAUUGCCCCAGAAAUUGAGGAGGAGGAAGUUGAUCCCUUCAAAGAUGACGAACUCUUCAAAGGAAUUGAGAGUGAACCAGUACAAAGCACAGUCUCAAGAGAGGCAACUGUGUUAGGAAAUGGUGAAUCUGAGGAAGGAUUUUUCAAGAUUGGUUUGAAGGGUGAGGACAACAAGAAAAUGAUUGUCAAAGUUCAUGCUGAAACUAAGUUAAUAACCUUAGUGAAAUAUUAUCUUAAGCAAAAAAAAUUACCAGAGAACACUAAAGUCAAACUUUCUUUUGACGAUGAAGACCUAGAUUUGGGAGAUACCGUGGGUGACACUGAAUUGGAGGAGGAUUUCAC